UCGCGUGAAAAUCACGUUUCGUCGAUCAGUCGUUUGAUACCCGUGUCGUCGUAUUGAUAACUCACUGAAAUGAUAAGCGGCAUCUAUCGUAUCGAUCGGUUUUUCCCUUGCUUAGAAGAAGCAAGUUUAAUAACUCUUUGGUAACACUUGUGAUAGUAAAUUCGCGCUAUAUACAUGCGUAUUUGAGGAGAUACGACAGUCGUCUCCCCCGCAGACGCGGAAGAUAAGACACGGGGAGUACAGUGUUUAGUCUAUAGAACAUGUCUUCGAGACAAUUCCUGAGACCAUUCGGCUGCUGUUUGAUGGGCUUUCAAGGCCGCCGAUCGGAUGGUCUGCGUCAUGUCAUCCGGGAUCCUGGACGUGAGUCUGAGAUCUCACGUCAUCAGCGUCACCUGUGCAACAGCAUGAGGAUCCAAAGCAGUAGUCGGCCCGACUGCAGCAAGAGCAAAACGUCAACCAUGUCGAGCGUGGAGCGCGAUCAGCUAGGCCAACGAGGAAGCGGCGACUCGCACUGCGCCGGUCUUCUGCGCGGCCUCGACCAUAUCAGGGACCCGCAGUUAAACAAGGGUAUGGCGUUCACCAUCGAGGAAAGACAGAUGCUUGGUAUACACGGUCUUCUACCGGCGGCUGUGAAAACCCAAGAUGAGCAGCUAGAGCUCUGCCGUCUCAACCUAGACCGCUACACCGAUGAUCUUUCGAAAUACAUAUAUCUCAUAGGCCUACUGGAUAGAAACGAGAAACUCUUCUACCGUUUGUUGGCAGACGACGUAAGUAAAAUGAUGCCGCUGGUGUAUACGCCAACUGUAGGUCUGGCGUGUCAGAAGUUCGGUCUGGUCUAUCGCAGGCCCCGCGGUCUCUUCGUGAGCAUCCAUGACCGAGGGCACGUCUACGACGUCCUGAAGAACUGGCCCGAGCACGACAUACGGGCGAUCGUCGUCACAGACGGGGAAAGGAUAUUGGGACUGGGCGACCUGGGUGCGUACGGCAUGGGUAUCCCAAUCGGGAAGCUGUCAUUGUACACCGCGUUGGCCGGCAUCAAACCUCACCAGUGCCUGCCUAUCACCCUGGAUGUCGGUACCAAUACUCAGUCGUUACUGGACGAUCCCCUGUAUAUUGGUCACAGACACAAGCGCGUAACUGGAAAGGACUACGACGACUUCCUGGACGAAUUCAUGAAGGCUGUCGUGAAGCGAUACGGUCCGAAUACGUUGAUCCAAUUCGAGGACUUCGGCAACGUUAACGCGUUCAGGCUACUCCGAAAGUAUCGCGAUGAAUAUUGCACCUUCAACGAUGACAUUCAGGGCACCGCCUCCGUCGCUGUCGCCGGAUUAUUGGCGUCGCUCCGCAUCACACGAAAGAAACUCUCGGAGAACACGAUCGUGUUUCAGGGCGCCGGAGAGGCAUCGUUAGGUAUCGCGGCGUUGUGCGUGAUGACGAUGAAGAAGGAAGGAGUGACCGAGGAGGAAGCUAAGAGUAAAAUCUGGAUGGUGGACUCAAAAGGACUAUUGGUGAAAGAUCGUCCAAAGGGCGGACUGACGGAGCAUAAAUUGCAUUUUGCUCGCGACGACAAACCAAUCGACACCUUGCUGGACGUCGUCAAGACAGCCAAACCGUCGGUCAUCAUCGGCGCAGCCGCUAUCCGGGGUGCCUUCACAACCGAGAUAUUAAAGGAGAUGGCGCAAAACAACGAAACCCCUGUCAUCUUUGCUCUGAGCAAUCCAACGAGCAAGGCGGAAUGCACAGCUGAAGAAGCAUACACUGCUACGGAGGGAAGGUGCAUAUUUGCGAGUGGUUCGCCUUUCCCGCCGGUGACGUACAACAAUAAAACCUUCUAUCCCGGUCAGGGUAACAAUAGUUAUAUCUUCCCUGGAAUCGCAUUAGCCGUGAUUUGUGCCGGUAUGCGCACCAUUCCCGAAGAGACCUUCCUCAUCGCUGCGUCGGCUCUCGCCGACUUGGUAACGCAAACGGAUUUGGACAGCGGAAACCUUUAUCCGCCAUUACAGGACAUACAGAAAUGCUCGAUGAAUAUAGCGUGCGCACUCAUGAAAUAUGCCUACGAGAACUGCAUCGCGACUAUCCAUCCAGAGCCUAAAGAUUGCGAGAGCUUUCUUAAGGCGCAAUUGUACGAUACGAGCUAUAAGUCGUCUAUACCACCGAUUUACCCGUGGCCUAAGCUAUAAUUACCUUUGUUAAUUAGAUCAAGAUUUAUUUCUUGCACACAAUUACUUUGGGUCCACGAAAAAGAAGACUUUGCAUAAACGUUCAAGGGGAGACAAAUUUUGCUUGUUUCCUUAAAGCCUGUUGAUCGGGCUUUAUUUUAUUUCAAACAUCGCGUACUAGUAGAAUAUAUAACUAAUUUGUAAGAAAAAAAAGAAGAGAAGUUACGCAAAAUGUCACGGCGAUAAACGGAUUCAAAGAAGCGAAGCAACAUUAUUUAAAGGUAUAAAUAUACAAGAAAUAUGUAAAAGAAUUGAUUUGCUGGUUGAACACAAAUAAAUAUCGACGCUGGUUUGAAAGAAGUGUAUUUAUUGCUACUCGGAAUAUCGCUGUUUUGCAGAAGUAAAUAUACCCCGUUUAACACGAGCAGCAGGUAUAUAACAUCCUUCAUUUCGUAGAUACAGUAUAACUAAGGUCAAACAAAACUUAUACGGAUGACACGAGUUGUGUAAAUCAAAUGUGACGAAAAAAAAUGGGAACGGGAUGGUUCUCGCGUGCGCAAUACACACCAAUGUUUCUGUAAUAUUCACAAUAUACGUUUUUCGAUUUAAAUUAAAUCUUCGUGAAAUAUAUAAUAUUUAUAGAAUAUAAAAUACGAAAUUUUUUGUUUUAUUAGGCCGGAAACUUAAAGAUGAUUAGAGCAUGAAAAAUCGUUAUAAAUAUGUCGCGAAGAAGAAUUCUCUUUUACGCAUCAGAAACUUCAAAUGGGCUC